AUGUACUCCAGCAUCUCUGGCGGAAUUACCACUGAUCCUGCAGCAAUGGUGAUUCCCAUGGAUGACCACAUGGUCCACAGAGGUCAUGGUGUCUUCGACACAGCAGCCAUAGCUGAUGGGUAAGAGCUCGAGGCUCGACAACUUUGAGAAAUCUUUCAUUCAUUGUUCAUGCUCUUUCUCCCAUUUUCGUUUAGUUUCCUAUUAUUUCAUUCAUUGUACCUUCUUUAGUUUCUGAUUUUCCCAAUGAUGGUCAAUGAUAUCAGGUACUUGUAUGAACUGGAUCAGCAUCUGGAUCGGAUACUGAGGUCGGCAUCCAUGGCCAAGAUUGCUCUUCCCUUUGGGCGUGCCGCCAUGAAGGCCAUCCUCAUACAAACUGUUAGUGCCUCAAAAUGCAGCCAGGGGUCUCUCCGAUACUGGCUCUCAGCGGGACCUGGUGAUUUCUUGCUGUCUUCUUCAGGCUGCCCAAGAUCGGCGUUCUACGCCAUAGUGAUUAGAGGGCAAUCUCCAUCUCAUCAGGAGGGGGUCAGAGUAGUAACUUCAUCGGUCCCAAUCAAAUCUCCCCAAUUUGCGACCAUGAAGAGCGUAAAUUAUCUGCCCAAUGUGCUCUCUAAGAUGGAGGCCGAGGAGAAUGGCGCAUUUGCCGCGAUUUGGUUGGAUGAUGAAGGGUAUAUCGCCGAAGGGCCCAACAUGAACGUUGGAUUUGUUACAGGGCAGAGGGAGCUGGUGGUGCCCAAGUUUGACAAGAUCCUGAGCGGCUGCACGGCCCAAAGAAUACUAGUUCUUGCCGAGAAGCUUGUCCGGAGUGGACUCCUAAGCGGGAUUAGAGUGAGAAAUAUUACAGUUGAGGAAGGAAAGAUGGCUCAAGAGAUGGUGCUUAUCGGCAGUGGGAUUCUUGUCAAGCCUGUUCUGCAAUGGGAUGAGGAUGUGAUUGGCGAUGGUGAGCAGCUUAUAAUAUGAUCAAAUCUAGAUAGAUGAACUAUAUUCAAUAUUGAAUAUAUUUAGUUGGGGGAAUCAGCAUUAUUGACCGUAUUGCUUGCAUAGUUUCUAUCGAUGCGUUGACAUUUUCAGCGCAUUUUCUGCAGGUAAAGAAGGUCCUGUGUCCCAGGCUCUCCUGGAGCUGAUCUUGGAGGACAUGAGAUCAGGCCCUCCAGAGGUACGCACCAUGGUUCCCUCCUGA